AUAACAUUGCAGUUUAUCAAAAGUUGUAAGGAAAAGUUAGCUUUUAAGCUUAAGCGAUGGAUACUUUGUUUACGUUAGUGUAUAGUGUUGUUUUAUAUUAGCAUUUUACGCUGUGCAGCUUGUGACUAGCGUCACAGACAAGACUCCCUAUUUAAUAAACAUAUAAUUACAGUCUGAUUGUAUUUAAAAAUUAUGUUUCGCUAAGCAAACCAGAGAAUACGUAGAUAAAAUGUAAAAAAAUUAAUAAAUAAAAAAUAUAUCUUUUUCUGAUGAACGUUUGUAGCCUGUAGCUAGUCUCUGGUCUGAUUAGCAUCCCUCAGAUAAAUGACUAACAAAUCCAUGUAACUGGAUAAACCGCAGCGAUUAAUGUUUAGAAAUCGUCAAUGAGGGACAGGGUUUUUAAAUGUUUAUGAUAUUUUUUACUGUAGUUUUUUUAAGCGCUCAGUUUAUAAGUGUAAUUAAGAGGUUUUUCUCGUAAGCUACCGCGUGUAGUUUACGAGUAAAACCUUAAACACUGAAUAUCACAGUGUUUAAGUAGUCUAAUGCUAACACUGAUGAUAAGUAAGUAGUUAAACUGAUAGCUAGCACCUCUCUGUCUUUGUGAACGUGAAUAACUGUAAUUAUAAAUAAUGUACAAUUCUGACUAUGCUAAUUUUAUACAGGUCAAAGAUGCUAUAAUAAAUUAGCACCGGCAGUUCCUUCUGAGUGACCAAAAAAAAAAAAUGCUAAAGCGCUAUAUUGUUCCGCUAAAUAAAUGUUUUGCCCUAAAGUAUUAAUACAAUGUUCAUCAGAAAAAUCAGAAAAUGAUAAAAACGCCAGGAUCAUAUUAAUUUGGAGGGAACCAAAUUAAAAAAUAUAUAUUUUUUGCCAUGUAAAGUCACAUAUUCAGUAAUAUUUAGUUAUAUUUGCCUGAAUAUGACGUAACACGAAGCGUUUAUACCACCGCUUUGUAGACUGUAACGGAUAAAAACUAAACGCAGUCGGUUUGAGACGCACUCCGGAUGAACCUGGAGACCGGCGCGGGGGGGCGGGUCCGCUCUCUGCCACCCGAGCCCGUGUAGAUAGGUUUGUUUAGGAAGGUGAGAGAGAGAGAGAGAGAGAGAGAGAGAGAGAGCGCGAGCGAGCUGUUGAAUGGAGACGGUUCUUGGAGUUUAUAACGGUGUCCGGUGCAGCUGGGGGGCGUUAAACACGCGUGAGAACCUGCGUCUCAAAAGGCUCACGAGGCUUGUGAUCGCCACAGCACGAGCGCUUUGGCUGUUGUCGCUGUUUUGAGACUUUAAUACCGGUGCAGUUUCUCGGUGCAGGUUUGGAUCGAAGAGUUCGUGUCGAGCUGCGAGAGUUCAGCGCGCGCACGCAUCCCAUCCCAUGUAACCUUUGCUUUUCUGCUGUUUACUAUUUCAACCAAAUUUUUUUAAAUACUGAUAAAUAUACAUAUUACAUAUAUAACCCCUCCUCCACCUCCUUCACUCUUUGGCGCACGCGGUGCUCUACGUUUCAUGCAAUAAAAAAAAUACUUUUAUGGACACUGGUGUGGGCGCACGCAUGCAUGAUGAAUCCGGCAAACAGCAACUGCAUCACCGAGAUCGGUGACAGGACGCGCGAGCCCGAUACCGAGCCCAAGCACGGGGCUUUGGAGUCAGUGGAGCGCGCUUCCGGUAAGCAACCUCCCUCCUCGGUGGAACAGGGAUGCCAGCUCGGGCACGCGGAGGAAGAGCAGGUGCACGCGACCCCAGCGCAGUUCGUGCCGCCGGAGGGAGGUUACGGCUGGCUCGUGGCGUUCGCUGCUACCUGGUGCAACGGCUCGAUUUUUGGUAUCCAGAACUCGUUCGGGAUUCUGCACGUGAUGCUCGCGCAGGAGCACGAGGACCCCGACGACAAGGCGUCCCAGUUUAAAGUAGCAUGGGUCGGCGCCUUGGCUAUGGGGAUGAUCUUUUUCUGCUCCCCUGUGGUCAGCAUGUUCACCGAUCACUUUGGCUGCAGGAAGACAGCAGUGGGAGGAGCCUUCGUCGCCUUCCUCGGACUCCUCAGCAGCUCGUUCGCCACGACACUAGGCCUCCGUUAUUUCACUUACGGUGUGCUGUUUGGCUGCGGCUCAUCCUUCGCCUUCCAGCCAUCGCUGGUCAUCUUAGGGCACUAUUUUCGUCGCCGUCUAGGUCUGGCUAAUGGUGUGGUGACGGCAGCAAGCAGCCUCUUCACCAUAGCACUGCCUGUGCUCCUCAAGAAAGUUGUAGGUCCUCUGGGCCUUUCCAGAACCUUCCAGAUCCUCAGCCUCUUCAUGCUGGUCCAGUCACUGCUGGCGCUCUCUUUCCGCCCGCUGAUUCCUUCAGCUGGGGCAGGGAUGGGCUCCCAGGGGCUCCCCGGAGAGCAGGGGUCCACAGCAGGAACUCGGUGGAGCAGAGGUGUGACAAAAGUGAAGAAGUAUUUCAACGCCCGUGUGUUCAGGGUGGCCACGUACCGAGUGUGGGCUUUUGGAGUAGCCACAGCUGUUCUGGGAUACAUGGUGCCCUACAUUCACCUGAUAAACUUUGUGAAGGAGCAGUUUGGGGAGACGCAAAAGGAGUGGGUGCUGUUGGUGUGCAUUGGGGCUUCCUCGGGGGCAGGACGUCUGCUCUUUGGCAAAGUGGGAGACCUAAUUCCUGGAGUCAAAAAAAUAUACUUGCAGGUGGCCUCUUUCAUGACCCUGGGCCUGAUGUCAAUGAUGAUCCCUCAGUGCCGUAUGCUUGAGGGCCUGAUGGUGGUCUGUGUUUUCAUGGGACUGUGUGACGGUUGCUUCAUAACCAUAAUGGCCCCUAUUGCUUUUGAGUUGGUGGGGCCCAUGAGGGCCUCACAAGCCAUUGGUUACCUGCUGGGCCUCAUGGCUAUUCCAAUGACAGCAGGCCCACCGAUUGCAGGCCUUCUUCACGACCACUUUAAGAAUUACCACGUGGCGUUUUACCUGGCCGGCGUGCCCCCUCUGGUCGGAGGCUUGGUCUUGUUCUUUGUGCCGUUGGUCUCCCGGCACGCUCAAAAGGAACAAAGCAACACGUGUGACCCGAGCACACACAGCAUGCUGAAGAACUGCACCAACGGAGACGUGCUGCCUGGAUACACUGACCCGGAAACACAACAAGAGCUGCACUAAGGGAUUCACUUCACCCGAAGUCCAUCAUCUGCUGUGUUCGUAUGCGUGACAUCUCUAUCCUCAGAUCAAAUCUGACCCAAACUCCUCACAUCAGUGCUCUUUUACUUAAAUAGUAAAGACCUGCAAGUGGAUAUUUCAUUCUCCUUUAUCCCCCUCUUGGACUCCACAGGCCUCCAUCCCUCUGCUUGCUGCAGGAUUUUAACAGUCUAGAACUUGAUGGCUUCUCCAAAGGAGCCAAUGCUUGAAGAAGGAACACCAAUUCUCACAUAAGAAGAAACGUGAGCGCUGAUCAGUAGGAAAUGCUGCUGCCUUUGAAUAGAACUAUAAGGAAGAACAUUUUUCCCUUUACAUCUGCCCUUCUUUAACCACUGUGUCCACAGAACAGUUGCCGUUUUCCACAGAAGAGAUUUUUUUUCCCAGCCAGUGAUUUUAUGUUCUUUCCUCAUUCCUAGAUCUUUCGUAACAUCAGCUGUGGGUUCAGAGCUAUUGGUAUAACCAGUGUUAAUAAGUGAUGCAUAAUCAUACAACAUUGUCGCUUAUUCUUAAGCCAAAUGAAGAAUAUCGAUUGCUCAAGCCUUUUGAAAAAAUAAUGACUUUCGUUUCUGAGAUUUUAGUACAAACAUUUUAAUAGAAAACCUUUUCUAAUAUGACAAAGUCUUAAAUCCAAUCAUUUGACAUUUGUUUCCAGUUCUCUUUUUUCGAUUCUUGCAUGCAGUUUUUUUUUUUUGUUAAAUCUAAGAAUCUAAGCUGUUGAAAGUGAAUUUCAACAUUCGUGGGUCUAUCAGAUUUCAUUGGUGUUAAAUAGAAGGUUUUUGUAUUUAAAUAUACUAGCUAUAUAAACUAGCUAACAAUUUUAUGGACCAGGUUUGUCUGAGGAAUUCAAAAUACUUCAGCUAUUUAAAGUGAAAUUCACUGGCGCUAAAGGUAGAUAGGAACUAAAAUUUGAGAUGGUGUUCAGACUACACUGUCUGAUUUCGUAGACCAAUCAUUUGGAACUCCUGGGUUUUGGCCAUGCCAGACCUAAUUUCAUUCACAAUUGACAAGUCAAGCAUUGCAUCUGGACCUUAAUCACCUCUAUUUCAGCAAACCUUUCAGAGGUGCAUUUAAGUCAUGUCAAACAAAGCUUUUGCUUUAUGCUGCCGGUGUUUUGCACUUCGUUAGCAUCGUGACUUUGUUUUCUUUUGAUUUUUGGGCAUUUUAGAUACAAUCCAUUGUAUAAGUGGUGUUUUUGGUCAAAUACCUAAGUAGCUAUGCACCUACUGAGUUUAGAUUUUGGUUUAGGUUUGACACUUCCCUUAGGCAGCGUGAAUUCAGAAUGAUACAGAAUCGCAAGUCCGAAUCUUGCGCCUCCCACCGUAACAGUAUGAAGGGAAUAUUCAAUCUAAUGUAGAUGCUGGAUUAGAAAUUUGUAUACUGUGUGAUUUUCUGCAGACCUCACAGAAUUUAUUCUAUGCAGCAAAUCAGUGCCAAUAUUUUCAAGCCAGUUAGUCACUCUGUGCCAGUAGGCUAUGCCGAUAUUUCCAGCUAACUUGCAUUCCUCAAGAUGGAUUCAUGGAUUAAAUAACAUUCAUAGGGAAAACAUCAUUAUAUUCUAAUACUCUCAUGAUUUUUUUUUUAGUUCCAAAAUAUGACUUGUUUAUUUUCUGUCUAGUGAAUUAUUUUAUUAUUUUGUUACUUUUUUGGACAGUUUCUCAUUAAUUAUAUGCGAUAUUUUGGCUUUCACAUCUUUUCAGCCAAUCAAGCUUGGCUCCUUCCCUUGUGUAAUUGUCGUACUAACUAAUUUAUCUUCCGAUUGGUCUCUAUUUUAGACACUGCUAUGGAGACACUUUUGCCGUAGAGACGUAUUUCCUCUGUCAGUAAAAGGCCGUUUUCAUUGGCCAGUGCAAACAGGAGCUGUUCAUAUCAUUGGCUGCUUUCCCUCAGACCCAUUUCUUUAUUGGUUGCUGGUUGAUAUGUUGUCACUAUGGGAACACUUUCAAGCCUUUUGUUUGUAGGAUGUAAAACAAACAUACUGUAGUCUAACCCAAACACGCCUCAGUAGCUUAAUCUGUAGGUUUAAACUAGAAAACUGCACUUGGUAACUCACAGGAAAUUUUUGAAACAUGUCUAAGUUUAAGUUUAAAGUUGGAAUAAAUAAACCGUCGGAGUUGGUAGCUCAAGCCCAUUUGACUUCAAACUGAUUUCAACUGCAGCAUCUGUAGCAUGCUAGUAGCGAGUUCUCGGGUUUGUCAUAUUCUUCAUGCCUUUUUAACAAAGUUUUAUGUUAAUGUAACUAUCAAGCUUAGUCCAAUAUCAACCAAUUAAAAUUCAGCCUUGGUACCUCCUCUGCUUUAAAGACAUACAAAUGUGAACUACUGUUACACUACCCAGUCAUGUUAAAAAAUAAAUAAAUAAAAAAGGAAAAUAGAAAAUCUUUGAGUAAAAAAAGCAGGCAUGUGCUGAUAACACGGACGUGUUUUAAUCAUAACAAAUUGCGAAUAUGAACUCCUGUUUGUUUUUUCUCCAUUUCUUGUUACAUUUUGUAAUACAUAGCACAAAUCCACUAAAACUUUUAUUUUUUGACGUUGUAAAACACAGAGCCUUCUGUCUUAAAGAUUUGUUGGAAAAGUGUAAUCUUUCCCUUUGACUGUUACUAGCGGUUAGACUCCUUCCGAAUUACUAAAUGCAACUGGAUUGUUACAGUAUUUGUUACAAUAGAAAUAAUAAGUAAUUAUACGUAUUAUCGUUUGUAUAAAGCCGAAAUUUAUAAAUUAGAAGGCAGCAUGAGACACACAUUACUCUGCGCAAUCUACGUUGUAUAAAACUAUAUUUCUGAGCCUUAAAGGGAUUGAAACAAUAGCGCUGUUUAAAAUUAAAAUGUCCAGUGAGAACAAGUAGAAGUAAAAGUGCAGUAUGUUUUUUUGUUUUUUGUUUUUUUUAACACAAAAUUGUGAAAUAUUGGCAAACAGUUACAGUUAUUGUGAUAUUUUAUAUCGGCCAAGGCUGGUAGGAACAAGACACACAUACCUCAAAAUCUUACCUGUUCUUGAUACUCGCUGUUAAUUUUACAACUGCAGUUUAAGCCUCAAUGCCAAUGAUCCUCAAUACAAGCAUCUCUCUCUCUCUCUCUCUCUCUCUCUCUCUCUCUCUCUCUCUCUCUUCCUUUUAUGUAUUGCUCUCAGUGCUAAUUACCCAAUUAACCUUUAAUUGCGUACUUAUUUUUUUAACCACUAACGGCCUUUUCAGAGUGGGUGUGUGUGUGUGUGUGUGUGUGUGUCUCCAAAUUUAUAGUGUCUCCAGACCUCAGGGAUCAUAUUUUCUGAAAUCAAUUCACGUCCAAACGUCCUCACAUCAGACAUUUCUACCGCAUGCAUUAUGGUACAGCAGAUGUGUAAAGACUAAGCUAAAUAAAAAAAAGAAGAGAAAAAAAAAUUUAUUUCUCACUUACUCCCUGAAAUCAAAAGUAACGAUUGUUCAAGACACAUUUGGCUGACUUGGCUGACGUCUGACGUAAGCUUCAUUCAUUUUGCUCCAAAAUUAUACGAUGUUAUAAUUUAUAAAUCAAUAUUACAAAAUAUAAUCAAAUAAUAACAAUAAACAGUUUUAGGAAAAUAUGGAAAGGACAAAUCAACCAUGUUUUUGAGAGAUUUUGAAUUCUUUCUUCCAUAAAUAUCAGUUCAAUGUUUCCAUAAAUGCUUGGUGAUCUGGGUAAACCCUUUGGCAGUCACUUCAGAUGACAAAAGUGAGACAGAAUUAGAUAAAAUAUUGUGUUUUGUCCAAAAAAAAAGUAUAAUUUUUGAUAAUUUUGAUACCUCAAUUUUAACAAAUUGUAAACUUUAAUUUCAACUUUAACUUUUAACUUUAAUAAUAAUAAUAAUAUUAUUAUUAUUAUUAUUAUUAUUAUUAUUGUCUUAACUUGCCUAGAUACAAGAAAAGAGGAGCUUAAGGCAGGUAUAAAGAUAGACGUAGUCUUCACGAUCAUAUUUAUAUAUGUUAUAUGUUAAUGAUUACAUAAGAAAUAAAAUGCUAGGCAAAUUAAAUGCUUAUGCUUUCAGUCAAAUCUUUAAAUGCUCAUUUUUGGAGGGAAUCAUUCCCUCGCUUUUCUAUGCGAAUAGAUCACAGUUUGUAUUUCCAGUUUAAAAUACUUUUCAUACAUUGUUUCUUUCUGUUUGUGGAUAUUUUCGCAAAAUCAUUUACAUUUAACACAGUAUUUACUGUCAUGGAUGGUUUUACAUGUACCAAGUACCUAAAUGUAGUUUAUUCUCUUCACCUAAUUUUCAGUUUUUAAACAAGUAAACAUUUAUAUGUCUGUAUUCUAAGUUUAAUUUUCACGUCAUUUGUUCUGUUUUUCACCUAGAGUUUUUUUUUUUGUUGUUGUUUUAAUUUGGACCUCAUAAGAAUCUAAUAAUACCUCAGUUACCUUAUGUCUGCAUUUUGGCCUUCCUGUUUCUGACCAAUCAGUUCCAAACUUUACAAAUAUGCAGAUUUUCUUCUAGUGAGCGAAUACUGAAGUUACUCCGUUUUUUUAAAUUAUAAUUAUAAUUCUUUUUUUUUUUAUUUUUUAUUUUUUUUUAUCUCUUUGUAAAUGGCUCCUGAGUAUUGAUUCACCUGGUAGAGUUGAGUAACAGAUAUCUUGCAUAUUUUUACAAAUCCACCAUAUGGUUUAUUGAUUUAACGGUUGGUUGAAUGAUUUACAUUUACACUGAUUUAAUUAACCUCAUAGUAGCAUUGUACUUUUUUUAAUUGCAGUUGACAUGUAUAUAAAUAAUACAUUUUAUUUUCUUGUAAUUUUUUUAUGUAUAGAAAUAUAUUUAGUAAGGCUUUACAUUAGGAUUCCUUUUACUGCAUUGUUUAACAUGAACAAACUCUGAACUUCAGCAAGAAUAAAGCACAAGGAUUAUUGACAAAGUUUGUUAGAAAAAUUUUGCUGGAAUUGUCUCUCUUUUUAACUGAUGCUUGGAAAAAGAUCAUUAACAAACAGCAUUUGGGUAAAAAUCUGGUAGAAUUUCUUUCUGUUUGCUUGGAAUUUUUUUCAGCGGUGUUGGCAGCUCUGUGUUUGUGUUGUUUGGCUUAAUUUUAUUUACAGAUAGCAUGAACAUAGCUAUAAAUAGCUAUAGCUGUUGAUUCAUUAGAUUAUUUUUUGGUUUGGUUUUGUUAAUGAUAUUAAAGGUGGAUUAAUGCUGAAGUUCAGGAUUUGCUUUGUGUCAAUUAAGGAACUCUUAAUAUUCUAAAGCGUCAUCAUACCUUUGGAACACUUUUUAGCUAGUAGCAAUUUAGCAAAUUUUUUUCUUUGGAACACUUUAUAGCUAAUAGCAAUUUGGCGAUUUUGUUUCUUUGGAACACUUUUUAGCUAAUAGCAGUUUAGCUACAAAACAUGUCUUUGCUUUGGUAAUGAAAAUGUAAGAAAUGAUGAGGCACAAUUUUUAUAGCACUUAGGAGCUAUAAAUGAGGGCGCAUGUCCUGAACUUGUAUGGAAAUGAGCUCUGAUUGGAUGUGCCUUGUAAGGCUGUAAUUGCAGACGUUGGCUUGUUUUUGAGAUUUUUUUUUUUUUUCAAUUUAGACUUAAGCUGACAGAAUUUGCAAGAAAUUGCUACAUUCAAAAUCUUUAUAUGUUUAUUAAACACUGCUAAUGCGAGUUAGCUGACUUGUAUGAGCUUGCUUAAUCUUACCUCUGAGCUACUUUUGACCACUAGCUGCCUAAAUAUAUGUGUUUAAGGACACGUCUACCUGUUCCACUCAACAACACAAUGGACGUUUCUGCAUGUUUUGUUGUCCAAUGUGCUGUAAACAGUCAUAUAUGGUGAUCAUAUUGGAAAUUAAUACAGUGUUCCACCCUGGCCUUUAAGAUGUUUCUUUCUGUUUAACCUUAAAACGUUUAUAAGAAGUAUUAUCUUAGCACCUUGUGAUUUUUAUUUUUUUGAUGUUUUGGGCAACAUUUUAGGAGACUAAAUCUACACGUGUUAUCUACAGCUCUGUACUGGCUUCAUUAAAAUGUUUUCUUUAACAUUAAAUCUUUAAUACCACCCUAAUUCUUUUUUUUUUAACUUAUUUUUUUCCUUCAUAUGUAAACAACAGUGAAAUAAAAGGACUAAAGUUUUGCUGCUAGCUUUCUGUCAUUUAGUUUUCAUGUGAAUAAUAGUUUGCAUCUUUAGUAGGCCUAAUUGUUUUGGUUAUUUGAUAUUAAACGAGCAUUAAAUGCCAUA